AAUAGAAUCUGGCAGGCGCACCGAGUGAACCAAGAUGGCGGCUCCCGUGGAUCUGGAGUUGAAGAAGGCCUUCACAGAACUUCAAGCCAAAGUUAUUGACACUCAACAGAAGGUGAAGCUUGCAGACAUACAGAUUGAACAGCUAAACAGAACGAAAAAGCACGCACAUCUUACAGAUACAGAGAUUAUGACUUUGGUAGAUGAGACUAACAUGUAUGAAGGUGUAGGAAGAAUGUUUAUUCUUCAGUCCAAGGAGGUAAUUCACAGUCAGCUGUUAGAGAAACAGAAAAUAGCAGAAGAAAAAAUUAAAGAACUAGAACAGAAAAAAUCCUACCUGGAGCGGAGUGUAAAGGAAGCUGAGGACAACAUCCGGGAGAUGCUGAUGGCACGAAGGGCACAGUAGGAAAUCUCCAGCCGAAGCUUCCUGCCCCCUCCCAUUCCUGGCAAGGGCAGGUGGGAGGCCUACAUGGAGAAACUUCUCUUCUGCCCGGGUGGACUUUUUAUUUGGAUGAUCUCAUAACCCUGUGUUUUCUACUUCACCAUGAUACUCUUUCAGACCCCAGUUCUGUAUUUUUUAUCCUGGCUCUGUCUGCCACCCCUGUCCAGAACACUUUUCUCCCUGGGGGUGAGUCACAAACUCCCAGGAGAGGGAGAUGGGAGCCAUACAGAUAGGGGAGCUCUGCCCAAGCCUAUGAACUAGUUAUGCUCCUUAGACCAAUAAAAGGCAUGUGUUCCCCC